AUGGCAAUCAAUGUUAUUCUUGUUACCAAGGACAAGCAAAGGAUAGAUAAAUGGGAAAGGGUUCACCGUAGUCUUGAUGUUGAAAUUGAGGACAAGGAUAAGCUUUUUCAUUUGAACAAAGUGCUUUCUCUCGGUUUCAAUGAUCUACCGUACUACCUAAAGUCUUAUUUCUUUGCAAAGCGAACAACGGAACAAGUACGCCUCUUAGUUACGUUCUUUGUUCAUGUUUGGGGUGGUAGAGAAGUCAUCGCUGCAAACCUUGUGGUAAGGUUUAAGAAGCUUAAGCUUUUAGGUAUUGAUAAAUUUGAUGAGUUAAGAUGUGAGGAAGUGAAGGUGGGUGAGUUAUCUUGCUUGGAAAAGUUGAGCAUUCAACACCGUAAAUUGCUAGAGAAGGCACCAUUAAGCAUCGAGCAUUUGAAAAAGCUGAAAAUGCUAUAA